CCAACGUACAAGGGAGGUUACAUGCCUGUCUUAGACCACAAGAGGGCUAGACUGAAAUCCACAUUUUUCACCAGUGUUAGAGUUGCAACCAGGGAUGAUCAAGGAUUCCUAAGGACGCCUACUAAUUCACUACCACUAGACGUCCAACCUGCAGAGGUGAAACUCAACCGUCCUAGCAUUGAAAAGCCAGAAAAAGAGCCCUCAAUGGCUCUAUCAUUAGGACAGAAAGCACACCGACAAAGAGAGGAACAAGAGAAAGAAAGAGAAAAGCAAAAACAAGUUCGUUGCCAAACAGAGAACCCAGAUUUAAAAUCCGUUCCUCGCGGCAGAGGACGUCCAAAAAAGGAACCUUCAAUAGUACGGUCCUUAGCACAAAAAGCAUGUCGAGAGAAAGAGAGACAAGAAAAAGAUCGCUUGGAAAAAGAGAAACAAGAAUUAAAAGAUCGUCUUGAAAGAAAAAAACAAGAGCUUCGGGAAAGAGAAAAAGAACAACAUCGAGAAAGACAGAAUGAAGAAAAAUAACGUAGGGAAAGAGAGCAGCAGGAAAAAGAACGUCAGGAAAGAAAUAAGAAAGAACAGAAAUGUAUUUCAGAGUCUACUGAAGAUUCAUGCAGUCGUGCUGGACAUAAUGGAGUUGCACUUCAAAGAGCUAAAGAAAGGAUGGAACUGUCCCAACAACAACGCCGCAGGAAUGAAUCGAAGCAGAAAGUACAUAAACCAAAAAGGCAGCCAUCGAUGGUUGCAUCACUGGCACAAAAAAAACGUCGGUUAAUGGAGAACCAAGAAAAAGAACUUUGUGAAGGAACCAUCGUUAAGGAAGGUGUGAAAUUAUAUCAACAAGAUAAUGCUACUGUCGAUGAGCAAGGUUAUCGAAC